AUGUCACCAAGUAGCAUUGAAAACACCGCGGCACGUUUAAACUCCUUAAACUCGACAAGUGGAAACAUGGCAAACCCUACAGACGCCACCACAAGCGUGUCAAAUACGCAAACCAAAAACACUAGCGAUACGGGUAACACAGAGCCACCACGGGAAAAAGGACCAGAUGAUCCCAAUAAACAAAAAAGCCAAGGUAAGCAAAUUCAGGCAGUGCGAUCAGUCACAAAUCUAAAAGACACUGACGAAAAACCACUAUUGAAAUUUGAUGCGAUAUCGUCAGAUACAUCGAAAGAUAAAGAACAACCACAAGGAAAUAGUGAAGCUGAAAAAGAGAUGAGAAAAGAUCAAUCAUCAGCAGACAAAUCCACGAUCAGUCACAAAACAAACAUCCUGACAAAGGAAAUGGAACAGGUAAGAUAA